AAGGUGAAGCCCCGCGAGCCCAAGCGCAGCCGCGUCAUCCUCAACCUGUUGGUGAUCGACAAGGGCCCGGCGGGCGGCGCGGGCGGCGCGGGCGCGCUGGCCCGCCCCAGCGUGCCCUCCCGCAACCGCGUCAUCGGCAAGAGCAAGAAGUUCAGCGACAGCAUCCUCCGCACCCAGAUCCGCCACAUGAAGUUCGGCGCCUUCGCCCUGUACAAGCCCCCGCCCGCGCCCCUGUCCUCCCCGGCGUCCGCGCCCGCGGGCAAGGCCGAGGGCCCCGGGCUGCGCCUGCCCGCGCCCGCCCUGCCCGCGCCCUACGACGCCCGCAGCUCCGGCUCCUCCGGCUGCCCCUCCCCCGCGCCGCUGCCCCCCGACCCCGACGACGCGCCCCCCAAGCUGCUCCCCGAGACCCUGAGCCCCGCCGGCCCCGGCUGGCGGGAGCCCGAGGUGCUGGACCUGUCCGUCCCGCCCGAGGCCCCGGGCCGGCGGGCGCCUGCGCCUGCGGACGCGGGCCAGGGCCAGGCUCCGCCCCCCGCCGCCGCCGCGGGAGCCGCCUCCGAGCCCGAGGCUGGGGACUGGCGCCCCGAGAUGUCCCCCUGCUCCAACGUGGUUGUCACCGACGUCACCAGCAACCUCCUGACGGUCACCAUCAAGGAGUUCUGCAACCCCGAGGAUUUUGAGAAGGUGGCGGCUGGGGUGACAGGUGCUGCCGGGGGCGCGGGCGGCGGUGGGGUGAGCAAGUGAGGACGCCCCCUCCCCAGGGGCGCCCGCCCCGCGCUCCCACCUGUCUGCCUGUGCUUUGCUUGUCUCAGACGGCUUGGGGCUGGCCCUGGGAUGGGAUGGGAUGGGCAGGUGGCCCCCAGAGCGCCCCGGGGGGGCCGGGCAGCCCUAGGCUGGGUGAGGGCAGGGGUGGGGCACACCCCCAAAAGUGCUCCCUCCUGUCUCUCAGGCAGCGUCCCUGCCUGUGCGCAGUGACACCCCGAAGCCUGGGUUCACCUGCUCACCUCCCACCCCAUCUCUCCCUAGCUUGCUUCUUGCUCUCGUGUACAGCAUCUGAUCUCGGUGCUAACCCAGCAGCGUCGGGGCUCGUUGGGGACCCUGCGGGCGCAGUCCCAUGCACGGCUUCCUGUGCAUGGCAGCGACCCCCGAGAGCGAGGGCUCCGGCUGCACACAGUCCCGCCCUCCACACCAGCGUGGCCCCAGGUCCACUUCUCCGGGCUGGCCGCUUCUGGACCAGGCCCAAGCAGACCCCUUUGUGCCCCCGCCCUCCAUGUCUUUGG